AUGGUAGAGAAAAACAUUCGCCAUCGGCUGUCAACGGCGUCACUCUUCCAAAACCUCUCGCUGCUGGCCUUGGACGCACAAUAUGAUGCCAUUCUACAAAAGUUCGAGUCGGCAUCCUCUACGGCAGACUUGUCCAAGUUGAUGGACCAAAUCGACCAGAGCACGCGAGUUCUCGACUCGGAGCUCGCACAUUUUGUUACCGUGGCCUCCAAAAAGCAUACCCAGCAGAUUUCUGCCGUGGAAUUGAGCCGUGCAAAGUUGUCCGGUGCCAUCGCAAACCUGAGUGACUUGACCCAGGUGUUCACUUCUGCCAACGACUUGGGCCACCUCCUCACGUCGAAAAUAAAGACACUAGACCAGGAGAUUGGAAAUGUUGACAAAACUUUACUGUUUGUCACUGACGUACAGACAUUGAAGAACACAAUCAAUCAGAUUCAGUAUGCUAUUGACAAAAAAGACUGGGAAUUGGCGGCUCUGGGCAUCCACACCAUUCGCCACAAGCUUGCUCCUAACUUAGUUAAUGGCCGCUUUGCAUCGGUGGUGAUUCCGUCCUCGGAUAUUCCGGAAUUGCCAACUCCCACCAUAGAAAAAUGGAUUGGAGAGCUUAAAGAGGAGUUCCAGGUGCUUUUCAACGACGCAGCAAAGCAGAGAUCGGUUCCUGAAAUAUCCAAAUACUUUCAGCUUUUCCCCCUCAUCGACCAGGAAGAAGUGGGAUUGAAUUGCUACUCGAAGUUCAUUUGUUCAAUUAUCACUGACACCUCUAGAACACUCAUCAACUCUGUAUCUCAGGGCGAAAACGCUGGAAAGCCUGGCGUCUACGCUUCUGUCACUACAAGUCUCUUUGAGAGCGUGUCUAUGAUGUUGUCGCAGCAUACUCCAUUGAUUAAUAAGCAUUAUGGAGAAUCGUAUCCUAAUGCUAUAGUUUACGUGGUGCUGAAGAUCCAGAGAGAGAUCGACUCUCAGAUCGGCUUGAUCUGUGAUACCUUCUAUGACACGAACAGAAUCGAAAAGGUUAUGCAAGACAUCAAGCUCCACACUUUCCGUGAGUUAAAACAAAAACUCGCCUACGAGCUGGAAGAAUCAUAUACAGAUGUAGUCGACAAUGACUUGGUUUCCAUCGUGGAGGUGGGCGACUUGAUUCAUGAGUUCUCGGCUAUUUUGCGUCAUUGGUCACUCUAUUGCAAGUUUGUUGUGACCAAGUACUUCAAUCCACCCAAGCCAGAAGGCUCGAAGGAUGAAGGUUUGAAGCUUCCUGCGCUUCUUGCCAACUCCAACUUCAACAAAAAAAUUCAAACCAAAUACCUCCCUGCCUUCGAGGUAUUGUACACUUUCUACUUCCGCCGCUCCUUGGAGAAAGCCAUAACAAUCGAGGAAAUGCCCUCUUUGGAACCAUACUUGAUCCUGGCGAAGGAAUCCAAAUCUCCCGAGCAGGCACCUGUGUCUUCUGUAAUUGAGGAUAUCACUUUGGUCUUCAACAACACAUUGAGAAACGUGUUAGACUCAUCACAACCGACUACAGUCAAGAGGUUUGUAACUGAGUGCUUCAAAGUAAUCCAAAACGAUCUCUUGAACGGCUUCAUUGAGAAAGCCUUACAAGAAAAUCAACCUCGCUACAACACUAUGCUUACUUUGAGGGUACCUUCCCAGAACGGAGUGCUCAGUGGAUCUGGCAGUCCAUCUGUGUCUCGAGCAGGCACUCCAGCACCCGAAUCUGUCGGAAGUUUCUUUAAAGGCGCAUCGAGUGCUCUUGGGAAUGUUGUAGGAACAGGCUCGGCCAUGGUGUCGGGAGCAAACGCUGGCUUGGUUCCAAACAAUCCUAAGUUGCUCAAGUUCGUCAUAUACUUGAACACAGUUGCUAGCGGACAGGAAUUCUUUGAGCAGAUCAUCAACAACUUGACCAAAAGGAACCCAACAUAUCUUCGAAACAAUUUCCCAUUUGGAAUUGACGAGGAAAAGAUUUCGCAUAUUAUUAAUGCCGAGCUUCUUGAGCCGUUUGUCAGUGCAACUUCAAGUAUGAUCAAGCAUUCGCUUUUGAAUUUCUACAACCAGUCUUUGAAAACGAAAGUGUCGUCCAUGGUUUUCGAGUUGUUCCCUGAAACUAAUGAAACCAACUAUGUUAUAUACUCUUCGGCAGUGCUAAAUGACCCGUCGACGAUUUUGAAGUUCAAGCAGUCGUGGGAUGCUAUCAUCCAGCCAUACAGACAGACCUUCCACAAAACCUUGGUCUACGAAAAACUCCUUCGACUCUUGGUGGUGAAUAUUGCCAGUUUGGUGGAGAAGAAGCUUUUGUUUGUGUUGAAGAAGUUCAGGGUUAAUGAGUUGGGAGCACUCAAACUCGACAAAGACCUUUCGUACGUGAUCAACGAAGUUUGUGAAGACGACUACGAGUUAAGGGAGAAGUUCGUGAGAGUGACGCAAUUGGUGUUGCUCGUUGGUAUGGACAACGAGGAGUAUGAACUUAGUUCAUACAAGGGUACUGAAGACGACGAAGCAGGAAUCAACUGGGUGUUGACACCGCUCGAACGGAAACAGAUAAGGCGGUUCAGGAUCUAG